UGCAGUGGCUGCAGCAAAAAUCUGCGCAGCACUGGAGCAGCAGCAGCUGCUGCAGCAGAAGCAGCUGCAGGAGCAGCAGCUGCUGCUGCAGCCUGCGGCGGUGCUGCUGCUGCUAUCGGGGGGAAGGCUGGGGCUUGCUUUGGCAGCAGCAGCUUUUGCACCAGUAGCAGGAGUUUUAGUGGCAGCUGGUGCAGCAGCAGCAGCAGCAGCAGCAGACUCUACAGCAGCAGCAGCUGUCUCAGCACAGCAGCAGCAGCAGCAGCAGCAAUGGCAGCAGCAGUGGCAGCAGGCGAGGCAGCAGCAACUCAGCCGAAGAGUUGUGACAGCAGCAGCAGCAGCAGCAGCACGUCCAGCAGCCACAGCUGCUGCGCGGAGAAAAGAAGCAGCAAGAACAGCAGCAGGAGUAUUAAAAGUAGCAGCAGCAGCAGCAGCAGCAGCAGCAGCAGCAGUUGGUGCUGCUGCUGGCGUGCAGCCGCAGCGCGUUGGCGCUGAGCGCAGCAGCAACGGCCCUUUGCGCGGCGCGACUGCUGCGACUAGAAAGCGGAGAGCCGAAUUAACUAAGAGCGCCGCAGCGACACUGACAGCAGCAGCAGCAGCAGCAGCAGCGGCAGCAGCAGCAGCAGCAGCAGCAGCAGCAGCGGGAGCAGCAGCAACUGGCCCUUGUCUCCCCUUCCCUCCCCGCGCAGCAGCAGCCGCGGCGGUUCCCCCGCGCCUUGUCCCCCGCAGCCCCGGCGGGGCCGGCGCUGCCCAGCAGCCCCAGCAGCAGCAGCAGCAGCAGCAGCAGCAGCAGCAGCAGCAGCAGCAGCAAUGCCAGUGGCGGGACGAACAGCGGGGCCAGCUGCUGCUGCAGCAGCAGCAGCGGCAGCAGCAACAGCAUAUUCUGUCUGUACACCCCGAGGUGUACAGACACCCCGAGGUGUACAGACACCUCAAGGAGUCUUGGCAUCUCGAGGUGUCUGUACACCCCGAGGUGUCUGUACACCUCAAGGUGUCUGUACACCUCAAGGAGUCUUGGCAUCUUGAGGUGUCUUGGCAUCUUGAGGUGUCUGUACACCUCAAGGAGUCUUGGCAUCUUGAGGUGUCUGUACACCUCAAGGAGUCUUGGCAUCUUGAGGUGUCUGUACACCUGGAGGAGUCUUGGCAUCUUGAGGUGUCUGUACACCUGGAGGAGUCUUGGCAUCUCGAGGUGUCUGUACAGCUUGGGGUGUCUGUACAGCCGAAGCUUGAGGUGUCUGUACACCUCGCGGGGCGGAGGCAGCUGCCUGUACACCUCAAGUUGCGGGGUGUCUGUACACCUCAAAGCCGAGGUGUCUGUACACCUCAAAUCGCGGGUGUCUGUACACCUCAAAGCCGGGUGUCUGUACACCUCAAAGCCGGGUGUCAGUACACCGCAGCAGCCGAGGUGUCUGUACACCGCAGCAGCUGA